AUGACACGCACAGAUCUUCCCAACCUACAACAAUCUAUUAUGUAUCAAGCUGCUGAAGUGAAAUCCAUCUCUACUCAUGCCCAAUCAUACUGUUCCUGUAAACAAUGUGAUUCUACAUACAUCUGUGCACUAAAGGAUAUCUGGAACAACACAAAGGGGCACGGUCACAUGUUUGAUACUGAGUCUCUACACACACUUAAAUAUAACACAAUAGAAAUGGAAUACCCAUAUAGAAGGGCUGACAAAUAUACAGCUUACCCAGAAGUUGCUGGAAAUCUUGUAGACCAACAACAAAGGCACAGACUUCGGUUUUCCUCUCCAGACAUAUAUAACUUAAAAGUAACCUCUCAGAAUUUGACUGCUGAAAUGACUGGUGAGGGUUUACUUAAACGGAGAACUAGAUCAAGAAGUGCUCCCCGAGUCCAGACCAACUUUAUUCCUCUGACACCUAAAGCCUCACCACCAGUUGCAAGAAAAAAACAUGAUGUUCAGAGGUCUCCAAAACAUAUGCAGUGGGGGCCAGAGGUGUCUACUCAAAGGGAACCCUUUUAUGCAUUGUCUCAGACCCUAAAUAAUAAGGUACAUCCCAUCAAGCUGCAGCCACAGAAGACUGAUUCCAGCAUGAACUGCCCUGUGUAUUUUUCUGAAAGUCUGGAAAUGGAAAGGCCGGAAAGACGUUCCACUAGUCCUCAUGUAAGGUGUCGACUAGACAUUAAGCCUGAUAAGGAAACCUUGCAGCAACAUGGUCAACAAUCCUUUCCAAGGGUGGACAACCCCUGGCCAAAGUUUCCCAGUACUGACAGUCAGAAUCUUAAAGUACCUUUUCAUUUUUCAGUGUCCAGAACGCCAACACCCACUGAAUCUUUUAUAGGUGACUAUAGACCUACAUACCAGUAUUCCCAAAGGGUGCCGAAUACUUACAUGCUGCCACCGAAAACAUCACUACAACAGCUUUCUGCUCAACAAGAGUUAAGGAAUUACUAUGGGAGAGAACACAGCACUCACUUAAGCCAGACAACAAAUUUCUUUAAUGAAGAGGAUUUGGCAAAUUAUGGCUCCCCAGCGUUAGCUAAUCAAGAUGAGUAUUUCAAUGUUCCCAGUCAAACAAACACUCCCAAGCAUGACUAUGUCCAUGAUCAAAGCGCCUAUGUUGUUCAUACAAUACCUGCCAGGGCAUAUUUUACAGAAAUAGACCUGCAUCAUGAUCCUUUACCCAAAUACCCUAACUCACAUGCUUAUGAACCAGGGCAAUACAUAAUACAGACACCCCCAGCACGAACUUUUUAUAGGGAUGAUCCUAGGACAUAUCAGAUUCAAAAGGUCCCCCCUGAGAUUUUCUAUGUUGGUGAUUCUUAUAUGCCACCACUGGAACCUCAUAUUCCAGCAAAUUUCAAAGAGGGUAGGAACCAUGCUCAUAUGGUUCAGCCACAGUCACAUGAUUGGUAUGGCUCAGAUGUAUCUGGCUAUUCCACACAUUAUUCUUCUUCAUACACCUCCCAGGGUACACCAACAAGAGUUCGACAGGAGCCCAUGCUUACAUCUUGGUACACAAACCCAUGUGUAAAAUCAGCAAGGGUGGUAACUGACCAAAAACCUUACUCAAGAUCUUGGGAUAAUAUCCUUAGUACUAAUGUAGAAAGGGAACAGCCUAUGCCCUGUGGAAAAAGUGACGAGAAUCUGAUAUGUCAGGGUAAACAAGCUUUGUCAAAAAAUGACAAAAGACCAGUACCUGUAGUUGUUAAUCUUUCAAGUUCACCAAGGCGAUAUGCAGCUCUAUCCUUGUCUGAUACUUCCCUGAUGGAAAAAACCCCAAAUGAUUUUAGGCAUACACCAAGCAAACAGUGGUUUUUGACACCUGAGAUCACCAUCACAGAUAAUGAUAACAAACCUAGCAAGGGUAAUAAAGCAGGGGCACGUUCUGCCAGUUUUGAUGUUCUGGAUUAUAAAAGUUCCCUAAAUGAUGAUGCAUCAUACACUGAGACAAUACCCUUCAUAGGUAAAGAAAAGACACAUUAUAGUGCCUCACUCCAACAAAGCUUAGAACAGCUUGACAAACUUUUAGCUGACCUGGUUACUGAUUACAAACCACGCUCUAGUGGAGGGCCUAGUGAAGACCUGCUGGAUAACCUCAAGACGCCUACUGAUAAAGAUGAGGCAGUAUCAUCCAGAAAAAUACAUUUACAGGAAGCAUCUGGCAAUACCAUGCCCCUUAACAAACAGCCAGCCCCAAUAGAAUCUUACAUAGAAAGGGAAACUGAGAGGAGUUGUGAUGAUCUUCAGAGCAGAGAGGGGUGUUCCCCUGACCAGAGUCCAGAUGCAGAUGAUACCAUGAUGUGUUCUAACAAUAAAUGCCGUCGGAUAGAAACAUUGUUUAAUGCUUGUCUCUACUUCAAAUCCUGCCACAGCUGCUACACUUACUACUGCUCUCGCAACUGCCGUAGAGAAGACUGGGAUAUUCACAAGGAGAGCUGUCUUUAUGGACGAAUUGGCAGUGUGUGUCGCCACAUUAUUAAGUUUUGUAGAGAAACUGCAGAAGUCCACAAAGCUUUUUCACGUAUAGCAAAAGUGGGAUACUUAUCCAGAGGAAGGGGUGUGCUGUUUUUGGGAUUUCCAAACCCAGCAUCAUCAACAAACUUCCUUCAGUUUGGUCUGGAAAGCCUCCUUAUGUCUCCAACUUACCUUUCUGUACGUGAACUAGAUGGAUUCAAGGAUAACCUUGGAGAGUAUUGUAAGGAGCUUCAGGACGCAGGUAAAGAGUAUGACCCCAAUGAAUGUUUUCUCUUGAAUGUAUCCAUUGCUGUUGGUGAACAGUUGCCUGAUGGGCCAUCACCAAGGGUCCAAACCCCGACAGUCAGGAAGUAUGCCAAGGUUGCUUUGGCCUCAUACAGUACAGAACGAAAGGUCCAUAUAAAGGAGAGUGACAUGGAGACACUAAUCCUCACUCCACCACCAGGUACAACUGACAUUGACAAGGAAGGUGAGCAAGGUAGAAAAGCUAGGGAGAUAUGUUUUAUCAACAUUCAGCGGGAGCUAAGGAUUCGUGGGGUGUUUCUUCGCCAGGAGUACCCACAAGUGUACCAAAAACUCUGUGAGUUUGUGGAGAGCAACAGAAGGUUUACUCCUACAACUAUUUACCCUUUUGACAAAAGAACUGGCAAACAGUUUAUGUGCAUGAUAAUGGCAGCUUCUGAGCCACGGACUUUGGACUGGGUAGCCACUCCUCACCUUCUGGAUGAUAUUAUCUAA